UUGAAGAAAGAACUAAAAUUUAUAGCAAAUCGGAGUGGCACAUAGUAAAUUAUGGAACAGAGGAUUCCAUCAACAAUGAAUUAGCCAACAACUCAAAUUUUAUAAGGUUAGAAUCGAAAAUUUAUAAUCCAAAAAAAUUUAAAAUUGAUCGAAUUACCUGCAAGUCUGCAACUCGUAUAGUCCACAAUCUGAUUGGACUACCCCAAAUCUGAUGGAUUGGCUCUAUUGAUAUCCCUGCAUAGUCUCUAUAAAAGCAAGAAUUUUAUCUUUUCCUUUCGAUUCAUGAAAUGCAAUCAGCAGUGAUGCUGCUACUCUCCCUCUUCCUCUUGGUGGUGCUCCCUGAAUCGUCGGCGGCGGGGCUGUGUCACCCCGACGACAGGCGCACGCUGACGGCAUUCAAAAACAGCUUCACGAGCCCCGACCCUUUCUCGUCGUGGGGUCCCCCCUUCUUCGACUGCUGCGACUGGAACUCCGUCAGCUGCGACCAGACCACCGGCCGCGUCACCGGCCUCGACGUAGGCCGUUACAGAGACCUCACCGGCACCAUCCCUCCAUCCCUCGCCAACCUAACCCACCUCGUAGUUCUCCGCCUCCACAAAAUGGACAAACUCGCCGGCCAAAUCCCGCCCGCACUCGCCCAAUUAUCUCAGCUGAAAUUCCUCAUCAUAAGCUGGACUAAUAUCUCCGGACCCAUCCCAGAUUUCUUCACACGCUUGAAGAAUCUAGAACACCUUGAUCUUUCCUUCAACCGCCUCUCCGGCUCAAUCCCUCCUUCUCUCCCAACUCUCCCAUUCCUCUCCGCCAUUGAUUUGAGCCGAAACCAGCUCACCGGGCCCAUCCCACAGACGUUCGGGCGCUACUUCCCGAAAACUGCCCCAGCAAUCAUCAACCUCUCCCACAACAAGCUGUCGGGCCCACUUCCGUCUUCCUUGUCCAGCGUCAACUUCUCGUCCAUCGAUGUUUCUAGAAACAAUCUGUCGGGAGAUGCAUCGGUGUUCUUCGGUGAAGGGAAGAUGACGAGCAGCAUCGACAUUUCGAGGAACGGGUUUGAGUUUGAUCUGUCGAAGGUGAGGUUCAUGGAGGGGGUGGAUGCGGUGGAUAUAUCGCAUAACAGGAUUUACGGGGAGAUUCCGCAGCAGAUCACGGAUGCUGUGUUCUUGCAGUUUUUGAAUGUUAGUUAUAACAGAUUGUGUGGGGAGAUUCCGACGGGGUGGAAGUUGAGGUAUAGGUCUGAGGCUUGGGAUAAUUCCUCGUUUUCGCAUAAUCGAUGCCUUUGUGGGAUUCCAUUGGAUCCAUGCAAGUGAGUCUCAAAUUGCAAUCUCAUGUUUGUUUCUGCUAAUCGAUUAUGAAGAAGCGUAUGAAUCAUGGAUGCAGGUUCUUUGA